UAAUCCUUGAAAAGCUUAAACAUGUCGUUUAAUAAUUUUGAGGGUGAAGUACCCCAAGGGGGAGUUUUCAGUAAUGCAAGUGGAGCAAUAAUCAGCGGAAACAGAAAUCUUUGUGGAGGUUCUCAAGUGCUAAAGCUACCACAAUGUAAAGAUUCAAUGCCAAAGAAGGGAAGAUUAUCACCAACUCUAAAGAUAAUUAUUUCUGUUGCUUGUAGUUUAUUUGGAGUAAUGCUAGUUUUGGUAGGCGUACUUUUCUGUAUUUUAAGGAGGAAGAAACAUAGCGCUUCGCCCUAUUUACCAGAUGAUUCAUUUUUGAAAAUCUCCUAUGGUGAACUGCUGAAAGCAACCAAUGGAUUCUCUUCAGAAAAUCUCAUUGGUAAGGGUGGUUUUGGUUGUGUAUACAAAGGAAUUCUUGGUUCAGAUGAGAAAAAUGUCGCUAUCAAAGUACUUGAUUUGCAGCAUAGAGGAGCUUUAAAAAGCUUUAUUGCAGAAUGUGAAGUCCUAAAGAACCUUAGGCAUAGAAAUCUUGUCAAGUUAGUAACUGCAUGUUCAGGUAUUGAUUUUCAGGGCAAUGACUUUAAGGCCCUGAUUUACGAGUUCAUGGUACACGGUAGCCUGGACGAUUGGCUGCAUUCAUUUUCCAAUGAUGGAAGUCUGCACAUACAAUAUCUAGAUUUUUAUCAGAGAGUAAACAUUGCAAUGGAUAUUGCUUUCGCGCUAGAGUAUCUUCAUAAUGGAAGCCAAAUACCAGUUGUUCAUUGUGAUUUGAAGCCGAGCAACGUCUUACUAGACAUGGACAUGACUGCCCGUGUUGGCGAUUUUGGUUUGUCAAGGUUCCUCCAAGAAACUGCUCAGCAAACUUCAGCAAGCGAAACUAGCACUAUUGGUAUUAAAGGAUCAAUUGGCUAUGCAGCUCCAGAAUAUGGAAUGGGAAGUGAAGUGUCAACUUAUGGGGAUAUAUACAGCUAUGGCAUUAUCAUACUGGAGAUUAUUACAGAGAAAAAGCCGACAGACGACACCUUUUCAAAUGGACUGAACCUUCACAACUAUGUUAACAUGGCUUUCUCUGCUGGUAGAGUAAUGGAAAUUGUUGAUCCAAUGCUUUUCCACAACAUGCAAGAAGAGGAGACAACCAGUAUUUCUGAAAGGAAAACCAAAGAUUACAUUACAGAGUGCUUAAUUUCUAUGUGUAAAAUUGGGAUUGCUUGCACCAUGGAAUCACCAAAAGAAAGAAUGGGUAUCAGUGAUGUUGUUAAAGAGUUGCAGUUGAUCAAAGAAACUUUAUCUAAAUGUGAUAGGAAUUAUGAUCAUUAAAUUUAUUUGAAGUAUAUGUAAAUGUAUUCAAGCUAUUUUUAGCACUUUGUGGGUAAAUAUUUCCUUAUUUGAUGUA